GCGGGGGCAGGGUGAAUCAUGGGUGCAGCUUUGUCAGCGAUUGCAUGCGCAGCGCCCGGCAUACGGCCUUGUGCUUGGGGGAAAGCAGGUCGGCGAGACGGGCCCCUGGUGCCGACCAUCAGCCCAAACUUUGUGGCAGAUCGUCGGGACGCCGGUGCAUUGGUCCGAUUCCUUUCUUCAUGAUCUCAUUGUGUCCCAGACGCCGGCGGCUUCAGCAGAGAUCUUGAGACGCCAGGUCCGAGGCAAGAGGUGCGCAUGGUGGGUUCGGGCGGCUGUUUCGGGGCCGGAGGAUGCACACUGCUUGGCUGCAACCGAGGGAGAGGGAGGCCUGGAGCUCAAUGUUUGGAUGUUGCCCAGCACUUCUAAGCCCCCUCCACGCAAGCCUGGAAAACCCAUCCCACAGCAGGGCGCCUUUUCCUUGUAUCGCUCGCCUUUUGAACAAGUUGACAAGCCAGGGGCUACCACCAUCGCUGGCGAGCCUGAUGCCGAGGACUUCGAUAGUCAUGAUGGUGACGCUGCGAGGCCCGUGCCUGCUGCCAAACGUGUGGCAUCGAAUUUCACUGCCAGAGUCGUGCCUGAGGGCGUGGAGGUGCGUCAGGUACCGGGGAACGGAGCUUGUUUCUUUCAUGCGGUGUCUAAGGCUUUGGCUGUGCUUCAUGAUCGGGAGAUUUCGGCUGCGCAGGCUCGUGCCGAGACAGUCGCUCACCUUAGGAGGUAUCAGGAGGCUUAUUUGCCCUAUUGGGAUCAUGUGGACGAUCGCCAGCAAGGCGUACAGAACUUCGUUGACUAUCUGGUUCGCAUGGCGUGUGCUGAUGCUUGGGCUGGGUAUUUGGAACUGCAGGCUUGCGCCAAAACCCUCAAGAUUUGCCUGCUCGUGCUCCCGGAAGAUGCUUCAAGGGUCACGUGUUGUUUUGGCAACCCGUCGCCCCCCCCAGUAGCCCUCUUCCAAACUAAGAGUCAUUACGACUUGCUGCUUCCCUCUGAGGGCACAGUGUAUCCUGGGGUCAUUCUUGACAUUGCGAAGGAGGCGCCCGACAACAGCAUCCCGCGAGCAGGCUCGUCGAUUGCUUCAUCGGCCCCGACGGGCUUUGAUGGCCGUGCUGUGCAGCCCCCGUUGCGGGGCCCUUCUUCGGUUGCUUUCUCGGCGCCCGCUGCGCUCCGAGGCGUCGCUGCUGCUGCUAGCAUUCGUGAUUACUUUUAG